AAUUAGACAAAAAAAGCCAUGUGGAGCUGAAGAUGGAUCAGGCUCUGCUGCUUAUCCAGAAUGAGCUGCUCGGGAGGAACGUGACGGUUCUCUGGCAGUCUGAGCGCUGCUACCGCUGCUCACUUCAAGUCUUGGCAAAUGUUUCUGGGAGUGGAAAACCUGGGAAGCCCCGAAUAACUGCAGUCGCCGUCAACACCCAACACGGAUCCAUCUUGCAAGUAAACGAUGCCUUGGAAGAGAAAGAAGUUUGUAGGCUGGAAUACAAAUUUGGAGAAUUUGGAAACUAUUCUCUCUUGGUAAAGCACAGCCAAAAUGGACUUGGGGAAAGUGCCUGUGACCUAGUUGUUAAUGAGAAUCCAGUUGAUAGCAACCUUCCUGUGACCAUCGCGUUCCUCAUUGGUCUCGCGCUCAUCAUUACAAUAUCCUUUCUAAGGUUCUUGUUCAGCUUGGACGACUUUCAUAACUGCAUUUCAAAGGCAAUGAAUUCCCGAGAAACUGAUCGCCUCAUCAAUUCUGAGCUAGGAUCUCCAAGCAGGGCAGACCCCCUCGGUGGAGAAACCCGCCCAGAACCCUGGCGGCCGGCUGCUUCACCGCAUCGCCUGCGCUGCGUGGACACCUUCAGGGGGAUAGCACUCAUCCUCAUGGUCUUCGUUAAUUAUGGAGGAGGAAAAUAUUGGUACUUCAAACACGCGAGUUGGAAUGGACUGACGGUGGCCGACCUGGUGUUCCCGUGGUUUGUAUUUAUUAUGGGGUCUUCAAUUUUUCUGUCAAUGACAUCUAUGCUGCAGCGGGGAUGUUCAAAAUUCAGAUUGCUCGGGAAAAUUGCGUGGAGGAGUUUCCUGUUAAUCUGUAUAGGGAUUGUCAUCGUGAACCCCAAUUAUUGCCUUGGUCCUUUGUCUUGGGAUAAGGUGCGGAUUCCUGGCGUGCUGCAGCGGUUGGGAGUGACGUUCUUUGUGGUUGCUGUGCUGGAGCUCCUCUUUGCUAAACCCGUACCUGAAAAUUGUGCCUCGGAGAGAAGCUGUCUUUCUCUUCGAGACGUCACAUCCAGCUGGCCCCAGUGGCUCGUCAUCUUGAUGUUGGAAAGCAUUUGGCUGGGCUUGACAUUCUUCCUGCCAGUUCCUGGGUGCCCUAAGGGGUACCUGGGCCCUGGCGGCAUUGGAGAUUUUGGGAAGUACCCAAACUGCACUGGGGGAGCUGCUGGCUACAUUGACCACUUGCUCCUGGGAGCUGACCACCUUUACAAGCAUCCUUCUUCCACGGUCCUUUAUCACACUGAAGUGGCCUAUGAUCCAGAGGGAAUCCUGGGGACCAUCAACUCCAUUGUGAUGGCAUUUCUAGGAGUUCAGGCAGGAAAGAUACUUCUGUAUUACAAGGAUCGGACCAAAGACAUCCUGAUUCGAUUCACCGCCUGGUGUUGUAUUCUAGGACUUAUUUCUAUUGGUUUGACGAAAAUUUCUGAAAAUGAAGGCUUUAUUCCAGUAAACAAAAAUCUCUGGUCCAUUUCAUAUGUCACCACGCUGAGCUCUUUCGCCUUUUUCAUCCUGCUGAUCCUGUACCCAGUUGUGGAUGUGAGGGGACUGUGGACGGGAACCCCAUUCUUUUAUCCAGGUAUGAACUCUAUCCUGGUGUAUGUCGGCCAUGAGGUGUUUCAGAAUUACUUUCCCUUUCAGUGGAGGCUGGAGGAUAACCAGUCCCACAAAGAACAUCUGACUCAGAACAUAGUCGCCACUGUUCUCUGGGUGCUUAUUGCUUACAUUCUCUAUAAAAAGAAGAUCUUUUUGAAAAUAUGAAGACUUCUAAUGGAAUCUGUUGCUGGAAGACUUGAGUGGACCUGAAGGCGUACCGAAGCAGCCUUUAUUAAAGGGAAUCAUGAAUUACAAAGUCGACAGGAUGUGUAUCACCAGAUUAUCAGGGAAGACGGUGAUGCACUCAAACCAGCCCGUGUCAUCCUCACCAGAACUCUGCUGGUCUAUUUGGGACACGUAUGUUUAGGAUAUAAUUUCCUUAUUUUCCUCCAUUGUCUGUGGAAAUGGAUGUAUUUGGGAUUUCAUUCUAAGGAUAUUUAACU